AUGGUUCACAUUAUUUCUGCUGUUGCUGUCGGCCUUCUUGGUCUGACCAGCGUUGUGUCCGCUCAUCCCGGCCACGACCAUGCCGCUGAAGCUGCCGAGCGUGCAGCCUUUGUCAAGAGCUCGUCCCUUCAGACUCGCAGCCUUGCCAAUUGUGCCUCUCAGCUCAAGGCCCGCGGUCUCGAGAACAAGAACGUUGCUCGUCGUCAGGCUGCUGUGAAGCAUCUUCGCCGUCGUCGUGGAAUCAACACCCAUGCCCACUUCAACAAGGCUCGAUCCCUGGAUAGUGUCCUGAACACCGACCACCACUCCAACCUGACUCAGGUCGACAUGUCCACCGACCCUAGCAUCCUCUUUGGCUCCGAGGCUACCUGCAUCCUGGGUCCUGAUGUUACCCAGGGACCGUACUACGUCACCGGUGAACUGAUCCGCGAGAACAUCGUCGAGGGCCAGAAAGGUGUCCCUCUCUACAUGGACAUCCAAAUGAUCGACACCAACACCUGCAACCCCCUCCCCAAUGUCUAUAUGGACAUCUGGCACUGUAACGCCACCGGCGUCUACUCAGGCAUCCAGGCCAACGGCAACGGCAACUCUGCCGACGCCGACAACCUCGACGCAACCUUCCUCCGCGGCAUCCAGGCCUCCAACGCCGACGGCAUCGUCCAAUUCACCUCAAUCUUCCCCGGCCACUACACCAGCCGUGCAACGCACAUCCAUGUCCUCACGCACGCCGCAAACGACACCUCCGUACAAGCAAACUCAACUCUCUCAGACCUAUACACCGCGCACUCGUCCCACAUCGGCCAACUCUUCUUCGACCAAGAUCUUAUCUCUGCCGUCGAGAAAACCUCUCCUUAUUCCACCAACACUCAGGAUCUGACUACGAAUGCGAACGAUAGUAUCCUGUCCGAGGAGGCGGAUACCAUCGAUCCAUUCAUGGAGUACGUCUACCUUGGCGAGGAUGUGAGCGAUGGUAUUUUCGCUUGGAUCAAUGUUGGAAUUGAUUCGACUGAGGAUAGUGAUGUCACCCCUGCGGCGUAUUACACUGAGGAGGGCGGUGUUGAGAAUGAGAGCAGUGGUAUGGGUGGUGGAUCUGGUUCCCCGCCUGGUUCUUCUUCCUCGAGCACUUCUAGUGCUGCUGGAGUGAAGAGUACCGCUUAG